AAUGUGAUGCACCCCUUCCUCUCUCUUACUUUAUCGUUUCUUCGCCCGAUUUCUCUCUCUAACCAAUUUCUGAGAUUUUCCGGCCAUUUUGCUCAGCUUUUUCUCAGAUUCUGAGGAAGCUUUCUGUUUCAUGGAAAAAGUGAAGAGGCAAGGCGGUGAAAUGGAAGACGAAGACGACGACGCGGUUAAGCGGCGCAAAACGGAGACGGUUCAUGACGGCGUCAUUGACGCUGAGAACGGCGGAGAUAUGAUGGAGUGGUUGACACUCGAUGACGAUGCAAUGUUGGAGCUAUCCAAGCUAUUGGACCCUGAGGAGCCGCCGGAGAGCUUCAAAGUCAGGUUCUCCGACGACCCCUACCUAUACUCGCCGCCAGUCAUUUCCCGAUCGACGGCGUACGUCACCAUCAACGGAAAUGAGGAGUCGUGCGGCUCUUCGUUCUCGGACUUGGACUCCUCCGUCAUGGCCAGCAUCGACAUCGGAGGCGCCGGCGGAGUCGUCGGGGGUUGGACGAAGGAGUUCGGAUGCGCGUGGGGAAGCGACGCGUACGGGGCGCGUGGUUGGUUGGUGCAUGCCGACGUUUCGGAAACGGAGAGACUUGUUGUCAAAGAUAUGGACGACCGUGAUGGGUCAUGGCUUUGGGUCAACGACGCCGAUCAGAAUAAUGAUGACUCUGUUUUGGCGAACUUUCUGGGUGAAAUGUGAAAAGUAUUUCUCAUAUUUUAAUCUUUUUGUGGGGUAAUCUGUAAUUAGUAGAAAGUAGAAGGAUUACUUGUAAACUUGCUUCUCUGGUUAGGGUUUAAAGGCUUUUGCAGUGGGUUUUGGAAAUAUUGUGAUCUAUCGAGCUUGAAAUUGAAGUGAAGAUUUGAAAAGUGCAUCAACGACAAAAGCACAGUGAAUGCAAC